GGGUUCGUUUGCUUUUGCUUGGGAAAGUUUCCUUACAUCAUCAACCAUUGAAUUGCCGUCUAAAGGAGGAAUCGUUUCUACUGGCCAUACAAGCCAAACCAGGGUCACCUUUCCAUUUUUUUAAACCUGUAGCUCUUUACCUAUCCCAGUAGCUUUACUUUUUAGGGCGGAUUCGAUGUUAAAUAUUCGUCGGCCGCUUAUUAUUCUGCAGGUUACAGGUACCUGUCAAACCUAGCUGCAGUUGACUGUCAGGCAGGGUGUUGGGAGGUGUUCAGUGAUAAGCGAUAAACUGGGUUAAAGGCGGGCUGUCAUGCACAGAUAAAGUGCACAAUAACGGUCCAAAAUCGACAAUGUAGGGGCAACGAGCUUAACCACCGAGCGUCUAUGGAUACAGCUUGUUGACCUGCCAGCUGGCACACCAAAAUGCUCCUCCAAGAGGAUUUACUUAACAAGAACCACAUCGACACUGCCAGUCAUUGAGUCUGUAUGCGUAGCCAAACAGAUAUUUCUACUACUUAGCCAAGUUUAUCAUAUUUCAGGUAAAUAUCUGACUAUUUGCAUGAUGCGGCUUUUAAUUCGUAUGUCAAAGUGCACACACAGAAUGCCCUUAUGGAAACUAAAGCCAAUCCAGCCCAGGCUAUUAUGGCUGGAUCACCGUACGACCCUCUCGGCUUCCCACCGGAAAAGGAGACAGUGGACCGGGAUGAAGUCCUCCGUUCAACCGACCAUUGCCUCUCCUCUUUGCAUGACCGGACCCAUGCUGUCGAUCCUGCCCUGUAGCCAGCUGACUGGUCUGUCUGCCCUCUUCUCACAAACACCGACGGGCCGAGCACGGACGGUCACACGUACACCUGUUGCCUUCGCGAGCUCCUCAGCGGCCUCUAAACCUGCACCAGCCGAGUCAGUGAAGACUCAGACGGACGCUGAGAGAGCGCAGACACCGACCACAGUCCCCUUGGAAGAUGUUAAAAGGAUUUUGCGACUUGCUCACCCGGAGAGAUGGAGACUGGCAGCUGCCGUUGGCUUCCUAACUGUCUCGAGUGCAGUAUCCAUGUCAGCUCCCUUCUUCCUGGGCAAAGUGAUAGACACCAUUUACACUACUGGAACAGACACAGAGACAAUGACAGCCUCACUAACAUCAUUGUGCAUCAUGCUGACAGGAGUGUUUCUAUGUGGUGGAGCAGCCAAUGCUGCCAGAGUCUACCUCAUGCAGGUCUCAGGUCAACAGAUUAUCCGCAAUCUCCGUGCCUCGCUCUUCUCCUCAAUCCUCAAACAGGAAGUUGCAUUUUUUGACAGGAACAGGACUGGUGAGCUGAUCAACAGGCUCUCAGCAGACACGACCGUGGUGGGCCACUCAAUCACAGACAACAUAUCAGACGGGCUGAGAGCUGUUGCCCAGGCAGCUGCUGGUGUCAGCAUGAUGUUCUAUGUCUCCCCCAGUCUAGCCAGUUUUGUGCUGCUGAUUGUCCCUCCUAUGGCUGUCCUUGCUAUCAUCUAUGGCAGAUACCUGCGCGCCAUCUCCAAACGUAGACAGGAUGCACUUGCACAAGCCACACAGUUUGCAGAAGAGCGAAUCAGCAACAUGCGUACAGUCCGAGCCUUUGGUAAAGAGCUGUCAGAGGUCAACCUGUACACACAGAAGACGGAUCAUGUCCUCAACCUGGCCAAAAAGGAAGCCGUAAUGAGAGCUGGUUUCUUCGGAGUGACUGGCCUCAGUGGUAAUCUCAUGAUCCUGUCAGUGCUCUACAAAGGAGGCCUUCUGAUGGCCAGUCAGCACAUGACUGUUGGAGAACUCUCAUCGUUCCUCAUGUACACCUUCUGGGUUGGCAUCAGUAUCGCAGGUCUAAGUUCAUUCUACUCGGAGCUGAUGAAGGGUUUCGGUGCAGGAUCCAGACUCUGGGAGCUCCUGGACAGAAAACCUGAAUUACCUUUAAAUGAGGGCCAAGUUCUCCCUCCAGACCAGCUGAAAGGCCAGUUAAAGUUCUGUGAUGUCUCUUUUGCCUACCCAACUCGUACAGAGGCUCCUGUUUUCCAGAACCUCAGUCUCCUGGUCCCCGCUGGUACCAUCAUGGCUGUGGUGGGACCCAGUGGAUCUGGAAAAUCCUCCUUGGUCUCACUGCUGCUCAGGCUGUACGACCCUGAUGCUGGUUUCAUCACAUUUGAUGGUCAUGACAUAAGGGAUUUAAAUCCCUCCUGGCUCAGGAGUCACAUUGGGACUGUCAGCCAGGAGCCAGUGCUGUUUUCCUGUUCUAUCAGAGAUAAUAUAGCAUAUGGUGCUGUGGAUCCUGAUGCUGUGACCAUCGAAGACAUCUACAGAGCGGCCAAAGUGGCCAAUGCCUAUGAUUUCAUCCAAGCCUUUCCUAAGGGCUUUGAUACUGUAGUGGGAGAGAAAGGAGUAUUGCUGUCAGGUGGUCAGAAGCAGAGGAUAGCUAUAGCCAGAGCUCUGCUCAAGAAUCCAAAGAUCCUAUUAUUAGAUGAGGCCACUAGUGCACUGGACGCUGAGAAUGAGUUCCUUGUCCAGGAGGCGUUGGAGCGUCUCAUGGAAGGAAGGACCGUCGUGAUCAUCGCUCACCGCCUGUCCACCAUCAAGAACGCGGAUACUGUCGCUGUUCUUGAUCAGAGGCAUAUAGCCGAGUGUGGCCAUCCCACAGAGCUGCUGGGAAACAGGCAAGGACUGUUCAGGAAACUGAUGGAAAAACAGGCGUUCCUACAUGAACAACAGCAGCAAGCUCUUCGCUAAGAAAAUCCAGAGAGCACAAGUGGAAGAGAAAUAAAAUAUGUGUUGGUGGCUUGGAAAAACUGGAUUUGGAAAGACCUGAGCCCCUCCACACACACACAGACAUAUACAGAUGAAGAAACGCUAAAGGAAAGCAAAACUCAUUUACUGAGACUUCUCUUUCCAGCGCAGUGCUGAAAAGUAUCACAUGAUGACUUGGCCUGGAAAGACAUCAGAUAUUCCUAUAAAUUGUUUAGAAAAUAUCUAAACAAGAUAAGAAAGAUGGGACAAGAUCCUAAGAGAGACAUAAGGACAGACACGUGAUUUAAAUCAUUUUCCCUGCUGUAAAACGUCUACUGAUGCAUUCAAAGGAGGACUGUGGUGAGCAUAUAUAUGACAGGAUGACUCUGACAUCCUCUUUCAUUCUCUACUGUGGACCGCUCUCAAUUACCACUUCAUGAUAUUCAUAACAAACCAAAUAACAGUUCAGCAUGAAUCAUAAAGCACUGAUAACUAUAUAUUUAUGUUAUUAUGUCUGUAAAAUGAUUUUUUUAAGCAUCAUAGUUGAAGCAUUAUAUACAGCAUCUUGUAAUUUAAAGCCUAAACAACUGAGAGCAGCUACGUUAGGGGUUAACACUUUUGUAAAACAGGAUUGAACACAAUUCUGACAUAUUUUGAUAAAUGUGUGUACAUUUGUUACAGAAGAGUCUUUAAAAAUCAUUGAGGUCUCAUAACUGAUGUUAGAGUUGUGUAACUUUUUUGGGGGGGGGGGGGGGGUCCUUAAGAUUUAACUGACAGCCACGAAACUGCUAAAACAUGAUCUUCAAAGCUGACUGAAGUCUGCUAAACAGUCUCUUAAGUUGUCAGAGUCAAAGGUGGCUCAUGCAUCAUAACCACCUCUAUGUCAACACUUUUCUGAAUGUACAGUUUCGUAUACAAGUUUCUCUGCAAACCCACUUAACUUUCUUAACACAGUUUGCAAAAACCAAAAAUUCAGCUUUAUCAUGUGAUUGUAAAACAGCGUCCAUACAGCUGUGAACAGCUGUAUAUCUCAGCCUGUGACAUGAUGGUUUCUCUUAUCCCCUCAGUACUUCUUAGUGUUUACAGGAUCUCCACUCGACAGCCUUAAAUUCUUUGUAAACCGUAUUAACCACAUACGUGUUAGCUCCUGCACUGUUAAGCCAACUAAAUAUUGUAGCUGGCAUGGAGAGGCUGACUUGGAGCUAAUGAUUCUCCUUGGUAAAUAUUUGGACUGUAAAUGACCACUAAACUGCUCAGUGAGAGUAACAAGAGGACUGUUUCAGAAGAUUCAGUUUUCUUUCAAAGCCAAAUUUCAAAAUGCUUUGAGCUCUUUAUAUGUAGCUUUUUAUGUUUUAUUUUGUUUUGUUUUUUAACCCACAUCAGAAAUAACUUCUUGUAAUCAGUAAUUUUCACUAAAUAACAAGUUUUCUUUGCUCUGAUUUGUACCAUUGGGCUGCAUCGUGGUGGUGUGGUGGUUACUGCUGCGGCCUCACAGCAAGAAGGUUGCUGGUUCGAAUCUCGGCUAGGUAGAGAUUUGAACACUACCGUUUCUGUGUAGUUCGCAUGUUCUCCCUGUGUAUGCGUGGUUCUCUCUGGGUUUCCAGCUUUCUCCUACUGGCCUGGUAUAAUACCCAAUGAGACAGAUUGAUGUGAGAUGUGGACGGUCUUGGAAAAUGAAUUCAGCUUUGAUCAAUCACUAAUUCACUCACUAAAUUGUCUCACAAUGUUGCCUGUUUACCACAGCUGUCAGUUUGGGGUUCUGUAAAUUUAGAGUCAUGUAUUUAUUUAUUAAAAUGUGUAAGACUAU